AUGCUUCUAUAUCCCCAAGUGCAAAAGAAAGGCCAAGAAGAGCUCGAUACGUACCUAGGAACACGACUUCCUAUCUUUGAGGAUCAACACUUACCAUAUGUUCGAGCAAUCAUGCUGGAAGCUAUAAGGCAGGUUAACUCGUUCCUUUCGCCCUCGUUUACCCCUUAUGAUCGCCCAACAGGAGUGGCACAUCGCCUCACAAUGGACGACGAAUACAAGGGAUAUCUUAUACCGAAAGGAUCCACUGUCUCCGAUUUUACUUGGGCACUCUUGAGAGACGAGGAGCACUACCCCGAUCUGGACACAUUCAAUCCAGAACGAUUUCUGAAAGACGGUGAAAUCAACCCCAAGACUCUCGACCCAAUCCCGAACUUCUGA